UGCGCAAGAGAUCCAGAUUUAGCAGCUGUAUUUCCUGCUCACUGUUUCCACUCGAAGCGAUGGCAGAAGUGAAAGCUUCCCUGUUUUAUGGAGUGAUAGCGGCCUUCCUCAGUUCAGCGGUGUUUGCAUUUGUUGAGGAUCUAGAUGACACAUUCAAAGACACCAGAGUGAGCGAUGUCUGGCUGGUGGAUUUCUAUGCACCGUGGUGUGGGUACUGUAAAAAACUUGAGCCGGUAUGGUAUGACGUGGGAGCUGAGCUGAAGAGCUCCGGGUCGCCGGUCCGCGUGGGAAAGAUGGACGCUACCGCUUACUCUGGAAUGGCAUCAGAGUUCGGUGUCCGUGGUUACCCCACAAUAAAACUGUUAAAGGGGGAUCUUGCCUACAAUUACAAAGGACCAAGGACAAAAGAUGACAUCGUGGAGUUUGCCAACAGGGUGGCGGGACCGGCCGUGCGGGCGCUUCCCAGCAGGCAGAUGUUUGAGCACAUGAUGAAGCGACACGAUGUGCUUUUCGUGUAUGUUGGUGGGGAAUCUCCCCUCAAAGAGAAGUACAACGACGUAGCCUCUGAGCUAAUCGUCUACACUUACUUCUUCUCAGCGUCAGAGGACGUCUUUCCAGAGUCUGUCACUUUGCCAGAGGUCCCUGCAGUCGUAGUCUUCAAGGACGGAGCCUACUUCACCUACGAUGAGUACGAAGAUGCCAGUUUGUCAUCGUGGGUGAACAAGGAGCGCUUCCAAGGAUACCUGCAGAUUGAUGGAUUUACACUCUACGAGCUCGGAGAAACAGGCAAAUUGGUGGCGAUUGGAGUCAUCGAUGAGAAGGACCCCACAGAGGAGAGUGGCAGAUUAAAGACCCUGAUUCAGAGGGUGGCCAAGGAAUACAGAGAACAUUUUAACAGAGACUUCCAGUUUGGCCACAUGGACGGGAACGACUACAUUAACAGCCUCAUUAUGGGCGAGGUGACGGUGCCCUCCGUUAUCAUCCUCAACACUUCCAACGAGCAGUACUUCCUUCCCAGCGAGCCAAUCGAGACCAUGGAGCAGCUGGUCCAAUUCAUCAACAGCGUUUUGAACGGUUCUGCACAGGCAUACGGAGGAGAUGGCAUCAUCCAGAGGAUCAAACGCGUGGCCUUUGAUGCUCGAUCCACCAUUAUGUCAGUGUUUCGCAGCUCUCCACUGCUCGGCUGCUUCCUCUUCGGCCUACCGCUGGGUGUAAUUAGCCUGAUGUGCUAUGGCAUCUGCACGGCCGAGUCGGAUGACGGGCCAGAUGACAUUGACGCGCUCAAGAGGGAGGGCCUGACUGACGAGGAGGAGGAGGAAGAGGAGGAGGAGGAAGAGGAGGAGGAGAGGCAACGCGCCGCUGAGCUGGAGGGCCCCGACGACGACGAAGACGACGGCGGGGAGAAGGAUCCCGAGGAGAAGAAAACCGAUUAACACAGGGGGCUCCCCGCCGGAUACAGGAUGAUAGGCCUCGUCGAAAUUCAGUGACAUGAAACUCGAAGACAUAUCAAUGUAUUACAGUUCUGCUUCUUUGUCUUUCAUAUCACUUCCCCUUAACGCCCCUCUAGCACAGACCCCCCACCCCCCCACCCCCCCCCCCCCCCCCCCACCCCCCCACCCCCACCCCCCUUUGAGUUCUGUGUGUCAGUUUAUAAGGUCAGCUGCUUAGCAGAGCCAUCGAAUCACGUUUCAAAGACGAGAAGGGAUGGCUGUGAACCAAAAAUACAACUUAUUUAUUAUGAUUGGACAAACUAGUGGUUUUCUCCAUGUGAUAUGUUACCCUUUCUUUGUUUUGUUGUUUUUGUAACCACCUCAAUGCCCUUAUUAUAUCUUUAUUUGUUUUGGUCAUAUUCCACAUUUUCUUUCAUUUACUGUUCAAUAUGUUAGCCUAGAAUAUUAGAAGCUGUAGAUAGUAGAUAUAUCUUGCCUUCAAACUGAAUUCAACUUAAAUACAGAGACAUUUUGUUCCCCAUCCCCCCCCCCCCCCCCACCUCAAAGUGUGUGUAGGCUUAAGUGAUUGGCGUUUAGAAAGCAAAGGAAGUGCCCAAGAAGGAAAAUCUGCCAUAAGUGAAUCGUGCUUUUUCUAUUGUAUGUUAUUGCCUGAAAUGAGUUCUUCUUCUAAGGAAUGCAAAGUGCCGAGCAUUUCAUGUUAUGUCUCAUCCCAGCCACCUGUAAGCUGUUACUGUCCAUUCAUAAACAGAGCUGAUGGAGAACAGCUGGAAUGGUAAUUGGUUUCAGUCUGUCUGAUGCUGAAAUAUGGCAAAUGCACUUUUUUUUUUUUUUUUUUUUUUUUUUUUUUUUUGGUACUUGUUUCAAACCCAGCCUGCUCAAAAUUCCCAGUGUAGACGGGUUGUACCUGUGCAGCAGACACCCAUAACAUGCACCAGUAGUUCCUGCAGCUUUUAACAAGACGUAUUCUUCGGAUGGACUGGCUCUGUCUGCUUCCAUAUUACAAUCUGUUCCCCGUCACUGGUUGCUAUUAUUGAAUUCGGUAGGCAGGUUGAAGUUUACAUCCAAAUGUACUGAGAAGUACAGCGAGGGUUUAAAAUAUAAGGACCAUCUUCCUACUACUAAGCCCCCUCCUCUUUUUUUUUUCUUGGUAUAAAAUAACUGAGAGUGGAGGGUGUUUUCAGCUUUCUCGAGGCAAAUUCAUCUCGAUCCAGCUCUUGUGUCCUUGUGAGGAAGUGGAUGUAAUAAUGGCUGAUAUCAAGUAGAGGGUUAUGGCUUCCUCCAGGGCAAAGGUUGGCCACUUCACUUUAUGACAAGAGCAAGUGUUCCUGGAAUCUGCUGCACUCAGUGUAAUAUUUUUAUGAGAAACACACAGUGGAGUGCACCUUGUUGGAUUUAGGGUCUGAUGGUGCCUUUUACUCAGCGGGGGCACUUCAAAGCAACCUGAGAGCUUGUGACAUCAUCUUGAGAGUUAGGAGAACAUGUGUCCUUAAAGAAGGCAAUAAAAAUGACAGAAAACCUGCUUAAUGAACACCAAGUCUCAGGCUUCGACUUAGUGGUGUUUCCAUGGCGUUAGGUCAUUUCAACCCUUCUCGCAUUUGUUGCCUGGAACUACAAUCCAUUUUAAAACCAGUGAGAAGAGCUACGGAGCCCCUGAAGUCUCAAAAAGUAAUAUCUUAUGCACACAAAUGAUGAGAUAAUUAUCUUUUUUGCCCACUAGUUAUUAUGUUGUGUGCACAAGCUAUCAUCUAACUUGUGCAAACAAUGUGUGACGCAGUGCACCAGUUAAUAUCUUCUUUGCAAUAUCUAAUUGACUCGCAGAAAAAUAUAAAACAUUUGCAUUCAGUAAAAAAUAUUUUCAAAUUACAAGAAAGUCAAAAACUGACGAUGUAAUUAGUAUGUUCACUUUCCUGCUUGGAGAAGACAAUUUAAACUACUUCAAUGUCUGACGCACAUACAUGAAGCUACAGGUAGCAGCUGUUUAGCUUAGCUUCAAAACAAUUCAGGGCAAUGGCUUAGCCUUGUUCAGUCACAUGAUGAUGAAAUCCACCAGCAGACACUUUAAAAGGUACUAAUACAAUCUUUAAAGCUACAUCUUAAAAUUAUAACUUUGUGUGAGUCUUCUUUAGUUGCCUUACACUAAUAAUUUAUCAGACAAUGUUAGCUAUAAGGUAGCUAACAAGCUUAGGAAAGAGGCAAGCUAGCUUUGGUGUUUAUGCUAAGCUAAGCUAAGCUAAUCAGCUGCUGGCUCUAGUUUUAUAACCAUUCAGAUGAUAUAUUUGUGUUUCAGUCUUCUCUUCCAAUUCCAAGCAGGACAGGAAAUCAUUUGUGUUUUUACAUUAUUCACCAGAAACAUUCAUGCAGCCAAAGGCCGACGUGACGCACAGAGCUGCAAAGUAAUUAGAAGUUUGAAAUGAGCAAUGAAGGCGUCUGUAACAGGCUUUCUCUCAAGGGGGGGGGGGGCUUUUAACACGCUGUAAUGAACGAGCAUUAAGUUCAUGCUUGACCUCGGGAACAGAAGUGCAACACAUUCAUCUUAACGCUCCACUCUUGUAGAUCCACGUCCUGAUUUAUUUCACACAUUUUGGUAAAGUUUCACAGACUCGUUGACAACACAGCAGACCCCGUUAAGAUUUUAAGAGUGGGCCUUGAGACGAUAUUUUCAAAAAGGGUAAUGAAUGUUUGGAGCUAGUUUCCCCAUUGUGUAACUUUGUGUCUUGACAGCUGAGGAAUAAGACGGCUCCAGGAUUUGAUAUAAAUGUGUCAUCGCUCUUUUUCGUUUGUGCUUUUGCAGCUCAGUUAAUCUCGUACCUUGGUCGACUUAGGCGCCUCAACCUAAGCACACUUGUUGUUUUGAAUACGCAGAGUUUUUCUGUGUUGUUACUGUGAAACUGCACUUACGGAAACCAUGCCCUCGCCUUGCCUUCUGGUCUUUGUAGUUGCCUACCAUUCUCUGCCAAACUUCCUUAUUGGGGUUGAAUUGAGACUGUCACACUUUAUUACAGGAUUGAAAGAUUGAAAUAAAGAUUGUCCUCUUUU